ACGGAGAGAGAGCGUAUGAUCACAGCUGAGUUCGGGAGAGUCGAACAGACGUUGCAACAUGUUGUAGCCGGGCCAAGACGAGACAAGACACUUGGAAGUCGGCUUAAGAAGUGUUACACACUGACUCAGUGCCACAGAAGAAAGAAAGUUUUCGGCUGUGCUGGCUGUGUUUGCGGCUCGGAAUUCCUUCUUCAAAUUCAUAAGAAGAGGAAAAAGAUAAAUAUCAACGGAUUUUUGCCAUUUGCGUGCAAUUUUUCAAAGUCGUUUUGCGCAGUGAAGCGUCCGUCGCGUUGUUGUUGUCGCCGUUCUCUUCUUCUUCUUCUUCGUUUUCGUCUUCGUCGCUGCGUUGUUUAAUUGGCCCAACUACAGUAACAAAGCAAACAUAGCAACAACAACAAAAAAAGAGUAGAAAAUAAAUAUAAAGUAUCUCAAGUGUGUGAUUGUGAAAGUUCCUGCCCAUAAAUGUAUAUGAAGCGAGCUCUGUUUGUGCUGGCGCUGCUCUGCGCCCAGCCCUAUGGCCAUCUGGCUGAGGAGGAGUCCAAUCCGCUGCUGGACAUGGCCUCCAUGUUCAUACAGGAGGCAUUGAGUAAUCAGAAUGGCGGUGGUGCUGCUGCUGGUGGUGGUGGUGGCGGUGCUGGCGCUGGACUGGCGGGCAUCGCUUCCCUGGUUGGCAGCUUCAUGCAGGCCAAUGGUAAAGCUGGAGGAGGAGGCGGCGGCGGCGGUGGCGCCAUGCAAAUCCUGUCCGGUCUGGGCAGCUUGUUGGCCAACAAUGCACGUGGCGGCAACGGUGGUGGCGGCGGCGGUGGCUUUGACCCGGCCAUCAUUGGCAAUGUCCUGGAGAUGUUCACCCAAAGUGAUGACGAGGAUUCUGGCGCACAACAGAAGCGCAGCAGCAGCAAUGGAGCUGGUUCCGAUUCUGGCAUUGGUCUGGACACCAUUCUACAAGUAGCAUCCGCCUUUAUGAACACUCAAGGUGGCGGCGAGAAGAAAUCAACCCACCAUGCUCAACACAAUCAGCAGAAGAGAUCGCUACCCGAGGAGCCGGAGUCCGAGAAUGGUUUCAUGAACUUGUUGCCACUGAUUAUGCAGGCAGUUAGCUCCUUUGCUGGUCCCGAGGGUCAAAGCACACAGGAACGCCACAAGAGUCAUGCUUGGGUGCUGCCACCAUUCCUGGAGCAUUUGCACGUGCUCUGGGAUCACUUUUCCAACUCGGAGCUGGCGGAUGCAUUAUACGAAAAAUCUGGAGUUAAUAAGAUUAUGAAGGGCUUCAAGGGACGCGAUGGCAAGGUGGAUUAUGACAAGCUCUUUGAAUCGCUGAACAAUCAAUCCUUCCGUCGUCGCUGGAUCAAGUCGGCCACUUUGUACCUGGCUGAUUGGGCCAGUUACUUGGCUAAUCCCGAUAAUUAUCUGAGAUAUUUCCAGACGGCGCAAAUCAUGUUUAACGGCCUAUUAAAGUCUCAAGGUUAUCCAAAGCAAACCUAUUUCGAUCCACAGCGACCAAGCGAAACUAUAUCAAAUCUGUUGAACCACGUAGCCAAGCAUCAUUUGAAUGUGAAAAUCGAUUCGCGUCAAUAUGUUAAGCCAGCUGUUGGAUAUGCCAAGGAGCUGCUCAAAUUGGGCCAAGCACGUGGUCUGCUGCAGUUCAAUGCCACCGAGAUCAGUGAUAGAUUAACGGAUACACUCAAUCUGGAGGUUAUCGAGCCAGUGCUAAAAGUACAUCGCGCCUAUAGAUACAUCUCCAAGUCGCCGCAAUGCGAUCGUUAUGUGCUCUGCCAACUAAAUGCAGCUGCUUUAGACCAGCAACAGCAACAAGAUCAAUCUAGACAACAAUCGACAGCAGCAUCUUCGGCUGGCGGUCUCAUUGCCGGCGUCAGUCCGAAAAUUGUCAAGAUCGGGAGCAUGGGGGCAGCGAUCUUCAUUAGCACUGAAACCGGUACACCAUUCUGGACGCUAUUUGGUGUAAUCAAUGCGCCAUAUAAUUGCGAGGUGAAAUAUCCAGUGGACUGCAAUGGCUUCCAUGAGGGAGAGGCGAAGGUGACCACGGAAUACGUACACAACGAGUUGUAGAGUCGCCCCAAAAAUUGCUAACAGCCGAUUCUUAAGAGUGCUCAUUAAGACGAAUUAGUUGUAAUCGAGAUAAAGAUUUCAAGUGUACAUAGUAUUACGAAUUGCAAAUAAAUUUUAAUUUAAUUGGUAA